AUGAGUGGAUCCGAUAUCCGUGAUAUUCUGCAGCUCGGCAAACCUUCAGAAUCCUCAGGCAUCAAAAAAGCAAAACUACCCACUGAACGACGACCAGAUGGAAUCAGUCGUGAACUCUACUCAUUGAUCGGCAGCGCUCCUUCAGUGGCAUUGCUCAAACCAACCUACAAGGCCAAGUUCAACGUUAAAAAGAAGGCAACACCAUGGAUGCUCGAGUCGUUUUCAAACAAUGCGCGAUCGGACAACCUUACAUUGCAGCACUGGAUCAAGGCAGCUAACGCCAACAAAACAUACCCAUUUGCAUAUACCGAGAAGCCUGGUGCCGUGAUAGAGUAUUCAGAUGAUGAAUAUGAGAAGUAUUUGGCCGACAUCGAUCCUGAAUGGUCAAAGGAAGAAACGGAUUACUUGAUGGACCUGUGCAGGAAAUACAAUAUGCGAUUCAUCAUCAUCACAGAUCGCUAUUCAUACAAGGAUAAGUCACGAUCCAUGGAGGAUCUCAAGGAUCGCUACUAUGCUAUAUGUCGGACACUGGCAAAGGAAAGGGCCUCGGAACGAGAUACCGGAUAUCCGCUUUACCAAUAUGCAUUUGAUAAGGCCCGAGAAGUGGAACGUAAGCAAGCAUUGGAAACGCUAGCAGGACGCACCAAGGAGCAAAUGGAUGAAGAAGAAGCGCUACUGGUUGAGAUGCGACGUAUUGAGCAGAAUGAAGCACGACUUGAGCGAGAAAAGGAAAGCGUCAUGCAUUUGUUGGCACAGCUGCCGGCAUCAUCUCGUGGUGAUACAAAUAACACUGCAGCUAAUAACAGCUCCCCAGAGCACAGCAAGAAACGACGACGAUCAGGCAUCGAGGAUCAAUCCAAAAAGUCUCGGCGUGGUUCAUCAAUAGCGGAAGCAUCAACAUUACCCAAGGAAAAGCUUGUACCCGGUGUUCAUGUGCAAAGUCAACGAUUACCAUCAACAAAGGGAGCCAUGCAUGCAAAGGUGCUCAAAGUAAUGGAUGAGUUGGGCGUUGGUCCGCGACCCGUGAUGCCGACAGCAGCCGUAUGCCAUGGUUUUGAACAACUACAAACAUCCAUUGCUGCCAUGUUUGAAUUGAAAAAGGUGGUCGAUAAGAUGGAAAUGGAGCAUAGAAUCGCAUCCCAUAUUGAUAAGCUACAUAAUCAAGAGGCAUGA